AUGAACAGAAACCUCAUUUGCAAGAGAUUGGGAUGGUUCAAAACGUUGUUUUGCACUGUCUGGAAGGAAGUAUUAUGGACAGCGUUCCUCUGCCUACUGCAUACUCUUUCUACGUUUGUUGGUUCUUACCUUAUCGACUCACUGGUCCAGUAUGUCAAUGGCCGCCAGAGGUUUGCCCACGAAGGCUACUUCCUGGUUAUUGUCUUUCUUUCCGCUAAGGUGGUGCAAAGUGUCUCACAGCGACACUGGCUUUUCAUAACACGGCAGAUUGGUAUCAGAAACAGAGCAGCACUGAGUGCCAUGAUUUAUGAAAAAGGUCUUUCUCUCUCUAGCAAAUCUCGGAAGCAACGUACUAGCGGGGAGAUCAUAAAUCUGGUGAGUGUGGACGCCCGUAGGAUUGGCGAAUUUAGUGGGUACUUGCAUGACCUGUGGGUGGUGCCUCUUGAAGUUACUAUUGCUUUAGCAAUUCUAUACAAGAAACUCGGAUUAGCUUCAAUUGCUGCCUUGAUAGCUGCUUUCCUGGUUAUGUUGGCAAACUUUAAAUGGCAAGAGGACUUCCAAGAAAAGCUUAUGGAGACAAAGGAUGAGAGCAUGAAGGCAACUUCCGAGAUCUUGAGGAACAUGAGGAUUCUGAAACUCCAGGCUUGGGAAAUGAGGUUCUUGUCAAAGAUUAUGGACUUACGGAAAACUGAAGAAAGUUGGUUGAAAAAACUCAUUUAUACAUCAGCAUUUAUGAAUUUUGUUAUUUGGGGUGCACCUAUUUUCAUAUCUGCAGCUGCGUUUGGGUCGUGCAUGAUUCUGGGAAUCCCACUUAGGUCCGGAAAGGUUCUAUCGGCACUCGCUACAUUUGAGAUACUACAGCAGCCAAUUUACACCCUGCCAGACACUAUUUCAAUGAUCACGCAAGUUAAAGUUUCCCUUGAUAGGAUUUCAUCUUUUCUUCAACUUGAAGAUAUGCAACCAGACGCAGUUGAGAAAUUGCCUAAAGACAAUUUUAUGCCAGCUGUUGAGAUAUGUGAUGGUACCUUCUCUUGGGAUCCACUAUCAAGCCAUUCUACCCUGCAAAAUCUCAAUUUGAAAGUUAACCAUGGGAUGAAGAUUGCGGUCUGUGGUCCUGUUGGUUCAGGAAAAACUAGCCUGCUUUCUUGCAUUCUAGGCGAGGUUCCAAGGAUAUUUGGAACUGUCCGUUUGAGUGAAAGAACUGCCUAUGUUGUGUUGUCUCCUUGGGUACAGGGUGGUAAGAUUGAAUUAAAUAUUCUUUUCGGCAAAGAGAUGGACAGAGAAAGGUGUGAACAGGUCCUUGAUGUUUGUGAUUUAAAGAAGGACCUGGAAAUACUGCCCUUUGGAGAUCAAACCAUCACAGGGGAAAGAGGAAUUAACCUGAGUGGUGGGCAGAAACAGAGAGUGCAAAUUGCACGGGCUCUAUACCAGGAUGCUGACAUUUAUUUACUUGAUGAUCCUUUUACUGCUGUUGUCGCUCACACCGGAAGUCACCUUUUUAAGGAAUGUUUGCAUGGUUUCUUAGGUUCAAAGACUGUAACCCAUCAAGUGGAAUUUCUACCCAGUGCUGAUAUUGUUCUGGUUAUGCGAGAUGGGAGGAUUACAUAAUCUGGUCAUUAUGCUAGCAUUCUUAGCUCUGGAUCCGACUUCAUGGAACUGGUUGGUGCACAUGAGCAUACUCUGUCAGCCCUAAAAGCUGCUGGUGCUGCUCUUGAUUCACAACCAUCAGAUGUCAAUGAUUUAAACAUAGGUCCUAAGGUGGAAAGCAAUGAAAAGGAUGAAUUUGGAUAUGAUGAGAUUAAUGAUGAUAAAGAUAAGAUAGAACAGCUGGUAGAGGAAAAGUACCAGCUUGUUCAAGAAGAAGAGAGAGAGGAAGGAAGAGUCGGCCUCUCAGUAUACUGGGAAUAUAUUACAGCAACAUAUGGUGGGGCAUUAGUCCCAUUGAUUCUACUUAGUCAAAUUGCCUUUAACUCUUUUGAAAUAGGAAGCAAUUAUUGGGUGGCAUCAGCCACACCAGUUUCUGAUGAGAAGUCAUCUCCUGUGGGCGGAAUUACUUUGAUUUUAGUCUACGUUGUGUUGUCGAUGGCUAGUGCUAUAUGUGACCUGAUCAUGGCCUUGUUAAUAGGAACUGUUGGCUUUAAAACUGCAACAGUACUCUUCAAUAAGCUGCACAUGUGCAUAUUUCGUUCACCAAUGUCGUUCUUUGAUUCUACUCCAACUGGUCGUAUUCUAAACAGGGUAUCAACUGAUGAGAGUGAAGUAGACCUAUCCAUUUUAGGGUUGAUGGGAUCUUGUGCUUUCUAUGUUAUAGAGCUUCUUGCGAGCAUUGCAGUGAUUUCACAGAUUUCAUGGCAAGUUUUUGUUGUUUUCGUACCAGUUGUUGCUGCCUGCGUGUGGUUGCAGCAAUACUACUUGCCCACUUCUCGUGAACUAGCCCGAUUGGAGUUUGAGGCCCCUAUGCUGCAUUUUUUGGAGACUAUCUCUGGAUCAUCUAUAAUUAGGAGUUUCAAUGAAGAGUCAAGAUUCAUGAGGACAAACCUCCUGGUGAUAGAUAACUUUUCUAAGCACUUUCAUUCUGCUGCUGCAAUGGAGUGGCUUUGUUUGCGCUUGGAUCUUCUGUCGUCUCUCAUUUUUGCAUUUUCUUUGGUUUUCUUGAUCUCAUUGCCCAUGGGCAUAAUUGAUCCAGGGAACUGAAUUGCAGGAUUGGCCGUGACUUAUGGGUUAAACCUGAACAUGUUGCAAAUAUAUUUCAUAUGGUGCUUAAAUGUCGAUAAUAAUAUGAUCUCUGUGGAACGAAUUCUACAGUAUCCUCGUAUUCCUCCUGAACCUCCUCUUACAAUAGAAACUAGCAUGCCAAGCAGGGAUUGGCCAUCUUAUGGAGAAAUUGAUAUCAGCAAUCUGCAGGUCCGCUAUGCUCCUCAUCUGCCACUGGUUUUAAAAGGUCUCACAUGCACCUUUCGUGGAGGGUCAAAGACGGGCAUAGUGGGAAGAACAGGCAGUGGGAAAUCCACGCUUGUGCAAACACUCUUUCGCAUUAUUGACCCAUCAUGUGGUCAGAUUGUGAUAGACGGUAUUGACAUCUCUACAGUUGGGCUGCAUGACCUGAGAUCUAGAUUAAGCAUCAUCCCUCAAGAACCAACAAUGUUUGAGGGAACCAUAAGGACCAAUCUUGAUUCUUUGGAAGAAUAUACUGAUGAAGAAAUUUGGGAGACAAAACACAAAUGCCAACUUGGUGAAGUGGUGAGGCAGAAAGACCACAAGCUUGAUGCAACAGUGACUGAGAAUGGAGAGAAUUGGAGUGUGGGUCAGAGGCAGCUCGUUUGUUUGGGGAGAGUGUUAUUGAAGAAGAGUAAAAUUUUGGUGCUUGAUGAAGCAACUGCUUCUGUUGACACUGUAACUGAUGGCCUAAUUCAGCAGACAUUGCGGCAACAUUUUUCUGAUUGCAGCAUUCUGACAAUAGCACACCGGAUAGCAUCUGUUCUCGACAGUGAUAUGGUCCUUGUCUUGGACAAUGGUACUGUUGCUGAAUAUGAAUCUCCAGGAAAACUUUUGCAGGAUGCCUCCUCAGCAUUUUCAAUGCUUGUAAAUGAGUACGAGAUGAGAUCCAGCACUAGUUUUCAGAAUUUGGUGGUUAAUGAUGCUAAGUAGUUAUUCCAGACGUGACAAUUUUUUGUCAAGUUAAUGCAAUUCAUGGCAAGGAAGAACCUUCUUACUAAGUUGCAUGUGGAGAAUAGUUGCUCUAUAAGAUAAAUGAGCUACAAGCAAUACGACGGCAUCACUUACAUUCUUCAGUGGAUAGGAUCUUUUUUUGUUGUGUCUACAGAUAGGUUCAGAUUUUAGAUUUUGAUUGUUGUUUAAUCUCUAGCAUCUGCAUCUGUAUAUGAUUUCUUGAUUGAGUGUUC